AUGGAAGAAAUGACAGCUCAUGUAGAUGAACUAGAACAGUUAUCUAACAAAUCGGCCAAGCUUGGUGGUGGUAUAAGUUGGAGAACCAUUGUUGAUCGGCUUGACAAAUUAUCUUCUGAUGAAAUUCAAGUAUUAACAUUUGAUUCCAUUGAAGAUGCCAGAGAAUUUUACCUAUGUCAUAGCAAAAUGGUCGGUUUUGGUAUUAGAGAGCGGGAUGAAAAGAAAGAUCGGAAAGGUAUUGUGACAUACAAACGAUGGGACAUUCAGAAGUUUACGAUUAAGCGGUUUAAUAUGGAUCACAAUCACCAAUUGGCAAAUCCAGAAUUUGUACAAUUUCUUCGAUCACAUAGGAGUGUCAACCCAGCAGACUUGGAGCAUGCUAUUUUGAUGCAUGGAGUUGGUAUUCGAAUUCCUCAAAUAGUGGACCUUCAAGCUUACCAAGCUGGGGGCCACAACAAGAUGGGAUACACAGAAAAGGAUCUACGAAAUGCUGUUGACCAAUUCCAUAGAAAUGCACUUGAAGUUGGUGAUGCCUCUCAGGUGUUGGCAUAUUUGGAUGGUCGAGCAAAUGGUGAGCCAAAUUUCUUUUACAAGUAUGCCGUUGACGUGGAGAAGCGAUUGAUACGACUCUUUUGGACAGAUUCUCAAUCUCGUUUGGAUUACCAAUGUUUUGGUGAUGUUCUUGUCUUUGACUCUACAUACCGCACCAAUGCUUAUAGGAAGCCACUAGUAAUUUUGGCCGGCGUAAAUCAUCACUAUGUUACCACAAUUUUUGGGUGUGCAUUAAUUGCUGAUGAGACUGAGGACACAUAUAAGUGGGUAUUGGAAACAUUUUUGGAGGCCAUGGAAAAAAAGGCACCUAUCUCAGUUGUCACUGAUGGGGAUGGUGCAAUGAGAAAUGCAAUAAAGGCAGUUAUUCCUUCUGCCCGUCACCGAUUAUGUGCUUGGCAUUUAAAAAGAAAUGUUGUUACCCAUACAAAUAAGGGGUUCGUUCUUGAUUUUGAUGUGGCAAUGGACAUGAUUUGUAGCCAUGAAGAGUUUGAGAGAAGGUGGCAUUUGCUAGUUGAGAAACACAAUUUGAGAGAUAACCAAUGGGUUGUCGAUUUAUACAACAAAAGGGAAAAAUGGGCUGCUGCAUUUUUGAGAGGACACUUUUUUGCUGGAAUGAAAUCAACCCAAAGAUCAGAGCAAUUGAAUGCUACGGCGCACAAGUACCUUCAAUUCAAAAUGCUACUUUACCCGUUUGCUCAUCGAUUUGAGCUAUUUUUAUCAAAAGUUAGGCGGAAUGAACACAAGGAAGAAUGCAUCACAAGUCAGUCAUCUCCUGUUCUAAUUACUCAUUUGAGAGAAUUGGAAGGAAAUGCUGCAAGCAUUUUCACAAGAAAGAUUUUUUUCAAGAUUCGUGAUGAAAUUUAUGCUGAAGCCUCACUUCGCCUCGUUUCAGUUGUUGAUCAAGAUAAGGUGAAGUUAUAUACAUUCACUGAGUACUUGCAUCGAAUUUGCUCUUGGCAAGUGGAAUUGGAUAAAUCUGAAAGGACUAUUAUUUGUUCAUGUAAGAAACUUGAGUCAGAUGGAAUUCCUUGCUCCCAUGCGUUUGCAGUUAUGAAAGCUGAGGAUAUGGACGAGAUUCCUAAAUCAUGCAUUCUGUUUAGAUGGACUCAGCAAGCAAAGCCAGCCGAAAAAAACAUAUAUUCUAUUCAACUUGAAGAUUCAGCAAUUCAAGCAGCUCGAUUUGGUGCUUUAUGUGCAUUAAGUAAUCAAAUGUGUUUUUAUGCAGUUAAGACACAACAAGGAUAUGAUGAAGCUAGAGAGUGCAUUAUAAAUUCAACAUCUCGUUUCAAAAAUCUUUGGGUGAAUGAUGCGCCUCUAGUGCAUAAAGCUAAAAAAAAGGAUAAUAUGAUGGAUGAGUCCAUAAAGAGGAGUGAUUUUGAUGUUCGUGAUCCAAUUGUUGUUGCUACAAAGGGACAAAAGGCAAAACAUUCUACUCACAAGCGAAAGCGACGACAAUGCAAAAAUUGCAAGUAA